AUGUCGGCCGAGCCAAACCCAACGGCUGACUCCAAAGCACUUGAUCUCGCCGGUGCGUCAAGAGGGAGACGGCAACAGCAACAAUCCACUCGAUGGAGGAGAUUCCUCGUUUCCCGGAAGAUCGCGGACGAGGGCAGUUCGGUCGAUUCGGUUGGGAAAUACAAGAAAACGCAACCUACGGACAAAUGGAGUCUAGGAAUUCUGAAUGACAAGAAAACGAAGGAAGUCCCUGGCACUGUCAUCCUGCUUGCCUCCAAUCGCAACGAACCUCUUGGUCUUCGACCUCAACCAGAGAGGGUGUCUAUCUCUUCCUUGUUAUCUCCACUUCCAGCUCGGCCAAGGCAGGGUACCGUCUCUUCAAGUGGGGCAGAAAAGAAGAAAACAGCCGACGGACAAAUACUGCUCGAUCCACAACCCGAUGACUCUCUCAACGACCCCUUAAACUGGCCCACAUGGAGGCGAAAUAGUGCAUUGCUUUCUUUAGGUUUCUAUUGCAUGCUGGGCGGUGGUAUGACGCCGAUAUUGGCCGCCGGCUUCAACGAUGUCGCUGAUACAUACAAUGUUACCUCACAACGUGUAGCUCUGACAACAGGCCUUUACAUGAUGGGUCUUGGUGUCGGGUCCGUGGUUGCGUCGCCAACUGCUAUUCUGUUUGGAAAGCGACCUGUCUACCUGUUCUCGGCCAUUCUGUUUAUACUGAGUGCCGUUUGGUGUGCCGUGGCCCCCAGCUUCACGCAUCUCAUUAUUGCAAGAAUCCUCCAGGGUGUAGCGCUCAGUCCUGUCGAGUGCCUGCCUUCAGCAACCAUUGCCGAGAUAUUCUUCCUUCAUGAGAGAGCUUUCCGAGUCGGCAUCUACACCUUGCUCCUUCUGGGCGGUAAGAACCUGGUUCCCCUCGUCAGCGCCGUGAUCAUACAGAGUCUGGAGUGGAGGUGGGUGUUUUGGAUGGUUGCCAUCAUCGGUGGAUUUUGCUUGGUCCUUUUGUUCCUCUUUGUUCCAGAGACUUUCUGGGACCGUACUCCAAGACCAAAGAGUCGGAGACCGACACUAGGGCAACGCAGUAUUUCGAACCUCUUGCGCCCCUUUGCCUCCUCAAAGACGAAAGAGGAAUCGAGACGGCCGUCGUUUAACCCAGAGGAAGAUAUCAGAACGCUACGACAGAAGAAACUACAUGGUUCUGAGGCCCAUGCCCACUGCACAGAUGUGAGCCUUGAUGGAUCACACGAUCGUAAGAUGCGUCUGGAUCUUCCAUCUAACGGUCCUGCGCACUCUGAGGCUGCCCGGGUCGCGCCUAGUGGUAAUGCACCCCCAACUCCUCUCCUACAUACAUUAAACUCACCCUUCUAUCUAUCAUUAGAGGAAAACAAGGACUACCUUGACCACCAUAGCAAUCCUCUGGCUACAGGCAAAGCAGAUAAGGAUGCUUCUCAAAGUGAAAUACUAGGCACAGGCAUGCGCUCUCUAAACGAGAAAGCAGAUCUCGAAGCUACUCUUCCGACCGCAGGAGCUACCGUUCUAUCGCCCCAAUCACCCAUGCACUACACCACGUAUCUACAAACACGGCCACCAAAGACUUUCGUCCAGUCUCUCACACCAUGGAAUGGUCGUCUAUCCACAUCCAAAUGGUUUCUCGUCCUGGUCCGACCUUUCGUUCUCUUUGCGUACCCGUCCAUUCUCUGGUCUACCGUCGUCUAUUCACUCUCCAUCGGCUGGCUCAUCGUCCUUUCCGAGUCAGUUGCCGAGAUUUACCGCAACAAAGAAACGUACAAUUUUUCCGCUUUGGGAACCGGUCUUAUCUAUCUUUCUCCAUUCAUCGGUGGUGUGCUCGGGACCGCAGUUGCAGGCAAAGUCUCCGACAUAAUUGUACGAUCCAUGAGCAAGCGCAACGGAGGGGUAUACGAACCAGAGUUCCGUCUCGUUAUGGCCGCACCAAUUGCCAUUACGACAACAAUCGGCUUGAUGGGUUUCGGCUGGUCGGCCGAGGAAAGGGACAAAUGGAUCGUACCCACCGUCUUCUUUGGCAUCAUUUCUUUUGGUUGCUCCCUCGGUUCCACAACUGCCAUUACUUUUUGCGUGGACUCGUAUCGACAGUAUGCUAGUGAGGCCCUCGUGACAUUGAAUUUCAGUAAGAACAUUUUUCAUGGCUUGGUGUUCAGUCUGUUCUUCCCGCAUUGGUUGCAUAGCGAUGGGCCAAAGGAGGUUUUCUUGAUCAUUGGCGGCAUACAGAUUGCGUGUUUGUUGACCACAAUCCCGAUGUAUGUAUAUGGCAAGAGAGCAAGGAUGUGGACUGUAAGGAACAAAUGGAUGGAAAGGUUCUGA